GCGCGCGAGCUGUCAGAUCGAGAGACCCAGAGAGAGAACACCGAACAACGGUCGCCUCGUCUUUCAGUCUCAACCCCUCCGUCCUCUCGCCGCCUCCUAAAAGGCAUUGACGCCGCUCCAACGGCCCGUCUCGCUGCUGGGCGGACUCGUAUCUAUUUAUUUUAUUUUUGCCAAUUUACGCGAAAACUAACCGUAGUUUUUUUCUUUUUUUUUUUCCUUCUUCUUUUCUUUCUUCCCGGAGCCGACAAAAAGUAAAAGAAGCGAGAGACCAAGAAGAGAGACAUGGCUGCGACAACCUGUACGCGAUUCACAGACGAAUUUCAGCUAUACGAGGAGCUGGGGAAGGGAGCCUUUUCAGUGGUGCGCAGAUGUGUUAAGCUGUGCACGGGACAGGAGAAUGCCGCCAAAAUAAUCAACACCAAAAAGUUAUCUGCAAGAGAUCACCAGAAGCUGGAAAGAGAGGCUCGGAUCUGUCGCCUGUUGAAACACUCCAACAUCGUUCGUCUUCAUGACAGUAUUUCAGAGGAGGGCUUCCACUACCUCCUGUUUGACUUGGUGACCGGAGGUGAACUGUUUGAGGACAUCGUAGCCAGAGAGUAUUACAGCGAGGCCGACGCCAGUCAUUGCAUCCAGCAGAUCGUGGAGGCGGUGCUUCACUGCCAUCAAAUGGGCGUGGUGCACCGGGACCUGAAGCCAGAGAACCUGCUCCUAGCAAGCAAAUGUAAGAAUGCCGCGGUGAAGCUGGCCGACUUUGGCCUGGCCAUCGAGGUGCAGGGGGAUCAGCAGGCCUGGUUCGGAUUCGCUGGCACACCGGGGUACCUGUCCCCUGAGGUGUUGAGGAAGGAGGCAUAUGGCAAACCUGUGGACAUCUGGGCCUGCGGGGUGAUCCUCUACAUCCUGCUGGUGGGUUACCCUCCUUUCUGGGACGAGGACCAGCACAAGCUGUACCAGCAGAUCAAGGCCGGGGCUUACGAUUUCCCUUCCCCAGAGUGGGACACAGUCACCCCAGAGGCCAAAAACCUGAUCAACCAGAUGCUGACCAUCAACCCAGCCAAGAGGAUCACUGCCCAGGAGGCCCUCAAGCACCCAUGGGUCUGCCAACGGUCCACAGUGGCGUCUAUGAUGCACAGGCAGGAGACCGUGGAGUGCCUGAAGAAGUUCAAUGCCAGGAGGAAACUUAAGGGGGCCAUUCUUACUACCAUGCUGGUUUCUCGAAAUUUUUCUGUGGGCAGCAGACAGACCACCACUCCGGCCGCUGUCACUGCUGCUGCUGCCGCUGCAGCGGCGGCUGCGGCCGCCGGCACCGCCGCCGGGCUGGUGGAACAAGCAGCUAAGUCCUUGCUCAACAAAAAGGCAGAUGUCAAGAAACGCAAGUCCAGCUCUACUGUCCAGUACAUGCCCCAGACAAACAGCACCAAAAACAGCAUAGUCACCAGCCCCAAAGGACACGCCCAUUCACCUGCCCUGGAACCUCAGACAACCGUGAUCCAUAAUCCAGUGGACAGGACGAAGGAAUCGUCAGACAGCAGCAACACCACCGUGGAGGACGAUGACGUGAAAGGGAAGAGCUUAGACAACAGCUCGCUUAAGGCGCAGUCCAGCACAAGCUCCCAGCCAGAUAGCACCCAGGGCUCCUCACCUGCGGUGUUCUCUGCCACAAAGUUUGCCGACCUGCUGGGCUCAGUGCGUAGGGGCUCAGGGCCCACGUCCGACGGGGAAGGGAGAUCCUGCACCCCACCUGCCGCUGCCCUCUCUGCCCUCUCUGCCCUCUCUGCCCUCUCUGCCCCCUCCCCUCCACACACCCCUGUUGUCCCCAUGCAGAUGUCUCGGCUCACAGACCUGGUAAGCAGCAUCCGCAAGGUGCCGGCGGCUGCCCCCGCACCCGAGGGUGACGCCGCACCGGUACCGAGCGCCAGGCCCGCCCCUCCACCUGCACACACCACAUCCCCACCUCCAUCUCACUCCCGCUCCAGCCCCUCCCCGUCCUCCUCCCAGACACGCAAACAGGAAAUUAUCAAGAUCACCGAGCAGCUGAUAGAGGCCAUCAACAACGGAGACUUUGAGGCGUACGCUAAGAUCUGCGACCCCGGACUGACUUCGUUUGAGCCGGAGGCGCUGGGCAACCUGGUUGAGGGGAUGGACUUCCACCGAUUCUACUUUGAGAACCUUUUGGCCAAGAACAGCAAGCCCAUCCACACCACCAUCCUGAACCCCCACGUCCACCUGAUCGGCGAAGACGCGUCCUGCAUCGCCUACAUCCGCCUGACUCAGUUCGUGGACAUCCAGGGUCGGCCGCGGUCCAGCCAGUCGGAGGAGACGCGCGUCUGGCAUCGCAGAGACAGCAAGUGGCAGAACAUCCACUUCCACUGCUCAGGCGCACCAGCCGCGCCACUCCAGUGAGGGUUGAAUGCGAUAACUUUGUCUGUCAGGAGUGCUCUGCUGGUGAGAGAGGAAGAGGAGGAGGAGGAAGGGAUGAAAGAACAAGUCAUGGGUUGGUUUGGGAAACAGGCCCUCCAACAACAGACCCUCCCACACUGGACGCUCGGCUCAACUCCCAGCAUGCAUCUCUUCUUUUACUACCACUGUCUGUGCACACCUGCCCCACAACAUCUUCUGACAGCUAUCAAACCAACGGCUCCUUCCUCUUCUUCCCUCCGGCACGCCGGGUGACUGGCGAGGGGUUUGGGGGUUGUUUUCGGCACUGGUGUGAUUCCUUCUUCAUGUGCUCUCUUCCUUCCUUCCUUCCUUCCUUCCUUCCUUCCUUCCUUCCUUCCUUCCUUCCUUUCCCACAACUUGUGUGACACCAACCCUCUUGUCCUCCUGUGAAUCCACACGUGUGUGACAUAAACACUGCACUGGAAAUACAGUAUGUAAAGUUGUAAGUCAAAUCUAUUAUCAUUACUCUAUUAUUAUUAUUAUUAUUACACAUUUGCAAUUGUAUAUGUCAUUUGUAAAAUUCUAAAUUCCUGAUGCCAGUGGUUUCUAGAGUUGAAUGAAAUCUUUUUUUUCCUCUAUAUAUCUUUUUAAGGAAGCAUGUUUUUUUCCAUAUUAACAGUGGCUGUGUUUGUUUUUUUAUCGUGGCUAUUAAGUGGAUAUGAUAUUGGCAGUUUUUUUGUAAUUUGCUUCUUGUAUGUGAGCUAUAAUACUGCGCCCGAUCUCAUGGUCAACGUGUUUUGGUUUCGUUUGGGGUUUUCUUUUCUUCUUUUGUCUUUUUUCUUUGGAAGAGGUGUGUCUGAUGGUGUGAAUGUAGAGAGUAAGUCUUUCUCUGUGUGUGUGUGUGUGUGUGUGUGAGACUGUGGUCAUGUAAGCCCGACACACACUAUUUCAAACGUUACGACUGAGAAGGGGUUCGCUAACGCAAACCGCAAGCAAUUUUAUUGUAAAAAUGUACUUUUCCAUCUUCAUGGUCGAUGCCAUAUGGCUCCCUGAAGGGUGAGCCCAAAAGAAAUGGUGAAAAGGAAAAAAAUUAUAUUUUUUGUGCCCGUUAAUGACAAUGUUUCCUUCCUAGUUUCCAUAAUUCUCAUCACAAUGAGACCAUUUAAAUAUAUAUUUAUAUAUAUAUAUAUUUAAUGUUUAUUGUUUCAAAUAAGUUAUAAAUAAGAAUUUUUUUAUAUGUUCCAUGUCAUAACCAGAAAAACAACCAUCACAGACAAUAUCAGAGAAGCAGUUAAAGGAAUCAUUUGAUAUUUUACUUUAAUUUGGACGGUGGUUUUGCUCUGAUCCAGCAUAAUUGUGCACAUAGAAGACAUUAAGACAUUUCUUUAAAGAUGCGGCAGAAUCAUAUUUAUUAAAUGAAGUCAAAAUAUUGAAAUGCCCCGUUAGACACGAACACAUGAGAAAAGGACUGAAUGGGGAUGGAGGAAUGCGCUGUUGGUGGCCGCUGCUGUUGCUAGGCGACGGUUGAGAACCCCGCUUUUCCCUAAAAGUUGUGAUAUUUUUAACUCGCUAAGAUUCUCGAUGCCGUCUGGAACGCAACACACCUUUUUUCUUUUUCUCUCUCAGUGUGUAUUCUUUACAAGUCUGGAGGGCAAAUAUGUAAGGAGAAGGCUUUAUUUCGGAGGACACAUCAGUCCCCUGCCUUCGUUCGGCCCAGGGCUUUUUUAAAAAAAUUUUUAAAUUAUUAUGAUUUUCUCUUCUUUUUUUUCUUGUAAUAUGUUGUUCGUGUAUUUUCAGCUUUUUAUGAUAUUAAGUGCUUGUGCCAGGGGUGGCAAGAUUAAUCUGAUGGACUUUGCACCACUGAAAACCUGUUUUGUUUUUUUUGCCGGAAGGGGUUUGACUCCUCUGUACUUUGCUCGUCCGCCAUUGGCUGCCUUCACGUUCGCCUCGCCCCUAUUGGUCAGACCAAGAUAUUAAAGAGACCGGGCAGUCGGUUUGAUGAAUAGUC